AUGCUAUGGUAUCUGCUUUUCCCAAUUAGAGGGACAAGUGAUCCCCCUCGUCUAAGGUCAGAUCAUCCUAUCAGGAGGGCUUUCUAUCGUCAUGGACUCAUUACGGCUCGGUACUGGCUUCUUUGUAUGCUUGUGUCAGUUUCAGUAGGUGUCUCGUUGAUAUACCCUACGGUCUUCCAAUCAGAUUUUCCUGCUGCUGGUCUGAGCGGGCUGCCGCAUCAUGUCUGGGCUUCGACGAGAGCAUUUCCUGGAGAUGCCGACAAGCCUCAUGAUCUUGAGAUGCGUCAAAUUUGGAUACAUGGAAGCUAUAUGAAAGCACUCGAGAAAGAUCUGCUUCGGGAUGUCUUCGUAUUGCAGAAUGCCAUUCUUGGUGAGACCUCUGAGGCUCAUGUUCCUGACGCACUUGGAAACACACAUCCGGGCUGGGGUUACCAUUCACCAUUGACAUAUUGGAACAAUUCUCUCGCUCGUCUGGAGGCGGAUCCAGAUAUCUUGCAAACAGUCAACGAAGACUCGUGUCAACCUUCUUUCCUGAAUUUUACCCUUCGUCCGUUGUCGGUGUUCGCAGGCAAAGCCUUUUCUGGUUCACAACUCGAGGCAGCGGAUGCACUAGUCAUCUCUCUCUUCAAUCGCAAUGACGACCCGAAAGGAGAAAUCUGGCAGAGAAAUAUCAAGAUCGUCGCUAGCCAAGCAUCUGGUCUGCCUAUCCAAUACGAACGAACUGGCACUCCUGAUCACAGCCAAUUGUUCGAGUACCGCAUCCAGCCACUCAGCUUCCGUCAGAAUUCGCUCCUGGCUAUAGCAUACGGCAUCAUUUUCAUCUAUGUCGGCUUGAGCUUACGAAGAUUGAAAGCCUUCCACAGCCGUUUUGGUCUGGUGGUUACCGCCAUCACACAAAUGACAACCUCGAUUCUUGCGAGUUUUACCAUCUGCGGAUUACUUCAGAUCAACCUUGCUCAGAUUCCUCAGGAAGCCUACCCAUUCGUUGUACUUGUCAUUGGACUCGAAAACAUCUUCAGAUUGAUCAAUGCCGUUGUGGCAUACCCACCAGAAAUGAUGAAUACACAGCGUAUUGCUAAUGGAAUGGCUGACAUUGGGCACUCUUCGCUGGCUUCAGCAGCACAGAAUCUGCUUAUCCUAUGGUUGCUUUCCCUUGUCGUAUCCCCAGGUGUAGCAGCAUUCUGCGCUUUUGCUGCUGUAGCACUUCUUUUCGACUACUUCUUCCUGCUCACAUUCUUCCUUGCUGUCCUCAGUGUCGAUAUCCGAAGAUUGGAGCUUCAAGAUUCCAUCACCAGAAGCAGUACUCAACCGAAGCAAAAAGCAAGACCCAAACACUAUCGCGCUCAUAGUUAUCAUCAUGCUCACCGAGCCGAGAAGCAUACAUGGAUUGAUGCUCUAAUUCAUGGCCGGGUACCUUUUUCGACGCGGAUGGCAGGAUCUGCGGUGACCGUCAGCUUUGUCAUGGCAUUGAACUGGCAUCUUACGGCUCAUGGCCCACGCAGAUCAGCGUCUGGUGUAUUUCCCGGUCUCUUCGAGAAGCAAGCUUUGCCGAUCACUGCGUUUGAUGGGACGUUACCGCCGCCUGCAAAUCAAAGUCGGCACCCUGCAACUUGGCUCCGCACACAAGACUAUGAAAACGCCGUGCACUUUAUGAAAGUAGUCAGGCCUGGAGGUUAUGGUUUUGUUGCCAAAAUAUAUGACCCGCUGAUCAUCACUCUUGGGGGUGCUGAUAGAAGUGGUAUCCUUCUACGCAAGGAGACAUGGCUGCAUUCACUUCGUGGAGUUGCGAUACAACACUUCUAUCCUACCGCCAUCGCAGUCGUUUUUGUCGUUGCUUUUGUCACUGUCCUCAUGAACUUUCUCUUGUGGGACGACAGAGCUGAAGAUGCAGAGUAUGAGAAUGGAGGAGAUAAUCUUCCCUUGACGGUACAUGCGAUUGAGACUGGCCACAUGCUAGACGUUGUUAAGAUCACUGGAAGUCGACAAGGUCAUAUGCUGUCCGUGGGACUGGAUCGUACGAUCUCGAUCCUCUUGUUCAAGCCAGUCAGCAACUCUUACACGACGAUACAUCCACCUCCAGCCCAGUGCAGGGAGAUCAAAUGGCCCAUACAUGCAUGUAGCAUCAGCGACAAAGGCGAUUGGAUGGCA